AUGACGAACACAUCUUUGUCUGAAUCGCAGAGCGACAAUCACCGGAACUCAGAUGUCAUUGAUGUCUUGAUUUCUGGUGCCGGGCCUGUUGGCUUGGCUCUAGCAUUGGACCUCGGCCGUCGGGGAGUUCGCUCCACAAUCAUUGAAAAGAAGCCAGAAAUUUCGACUCAGAUCCUUGCCAAGGCUAGCGUCCUAGAUGAGCGUACCAUGGAGUAUUGCCGCCGCCUUGGCAUUCGUGACGCUGUUGUGAACUCUGGAUAUCCUGCAGACCUGCCAGCCGACACAAUAUAUUGUACGAGUUUCGACGGUCAUUACAUCGGGCGUCUUGAGAUGCCUUCCGCUCUGGAGCGAGAGAUACCAGAGCAGACCUGCGAGAUGAUGAGACGGUGUCCGCAGAUGUUGUUUGACCCUAUCCUGGCCAGAGCAGUGAAAGAGCAAGGCAUGGCGACUGUCCGUUACUCGUCGGAGGUGGUCUCGGCGGAGCAGGACGCUGAUAGUGUGACGUGCGCUGUUAAACACGUCGAUACCGGCUCUAUAGAGUAUAUCCGCGGACGAUUUGUCGUAGCCUGUGACGGUGCUAGCAGCUUUUUGCGUAAAACAGUCGACAUUGGCUUUGAGGGUCAGGACCUCGGUUUCGCGUUCAGCGCAAUAGUUCUUAUACAAGAUCUCCACAGUUAUCACAACUUUGGCGCCGCUGCAGAACGUUAUCUUUUUAUUGGCCCCGAGGGCACCUGGGCCAACUUUACCACUAUCGACGGCCAUGACCUGUGGCGUUUUACCGUAGCGGGAAGCGGUGAAAGGGUUGACCCCGACACAGUGGACUUGAAAGGCAUCUUGCGGAAAGCCAUUGGCCGUGAAGACGUCCCUUUUGAGAUUCUCCGGGUGAACCAGUGGCGUCGAAGCCAGUACACGGCCAGUAAAUAUCGCUCAGGUCGAAUUUUCUUGGCCGGGGAUUCGGCACACACCAUGUCGCCCACAGGUGGACACGGCUUGAAUACCGGCCUUGGCGAUGCGUCCGAUCUGAGCUGGAUAUUACAGGCAGUUCUCGGAGGAUGGGGAGGACCAGAAAUUCUUGAUGCAUAUGAGAUCGAGCGGCGACCUGUAGCUAUUCGAAAUGGAGUGCUGUCCAGCAGAAACUUUGGACUCUGGAAGGAGCGCCAAGGCAGGGACAAGGUACUGGAUUCCGGCCCGGUCGCGGAUGAGCAGAGACGUGUUCUCGGUACAACCCUUGCUCUCCACAUGCGUCAAGAGUUUCAGUCCAUUGGUCUUGCACUUGGAUACAAUUAUGCCCACUCUCCAGUGGUCGUUACCGAUGGUUCGCCGGCACCCGAAGACCAACCUGACCUGUACAUACAGACGGCUAGGCCUGGGCAUCGAGCUCCCCAUUUUUGGCUUGAAGAUGGACGCUCAUCCCUUGAUAUCUUUGGACAGGGUUUCGUGCUUCUCGCUUUCGGUACAGGGGCAGGAACUAUGGGAGAGUCUCUUCAGUCAGCAGCGUCUGCCUUACGACUGCCCCUUAAAUGUGUUGAAAUUAAAGAGUCCAGUGGUGCACAGCUCUACCAGCGCAAGUUAGUUCUU